UUUUUUUCUUUCUCUUAACUCCUUGUUUAAGAUUUGGCUUAUCAAAUGUGCUCAUAUCCAUAUCAUCUUGUCUCAUGACACCAUCUUCCCCUUCCAUUAAGAAUUGUCCCCUAAAUAAUGGCAUACUGUACAUGCAAUUCUUCUUAACCACCCUCCACCACUCCCUCCCUCCCUCCCUUUGCUCUUCCUCAGCUACCUCCUCUCCUUCGAAGCGCCGGCCUUCCAUCCCCAAUGACUUCCCGUCGCCUCUCUUCACCUUCCCUUUCCGCCUCCGCCUCCCACCGCCACCACGUCCUACAUCUCGCAGUCGCUGUCUCCGCCUCCUCCCUGCUACUCCUCGUCCUCGUCCUCCUCGUCCUCUUCUACUUCUACCUCUCCCUUCGUCGCUCCCCCACCCUCCCCUUACCCUCCAACACCUCCCCCGCCACCGCCGCCAAUCCCCUCCGCCUCCGCCGCUUCUCCUACCGCGCCCUCCGCUCCGCCACCGCCUCCUUCGACCCCUCCCGGUCCCUGGGCCGCGGCGCCUCCGCCGCCGUCUUCCGCGGCGUUCUACCCGACGGCAAGUCCGUCGCCGUCAAGCGUCUCCUCUCCUCCUCCGCCUCCUGUCCUUCCUCCCCCACCCGCGCCGCCUCUUCCGACCGCGAGUUCCACAACGAGCUCCACGUCCUCGCCACCCUCCUACCUUCCCCCUUCGUCGUCUCCCUCCUCGGCUACUGCCUCGAGGGCCGCCGCCGCCGCCUCCUCGUCUACGAGUACAUGCCCAACGGGAGCCUCCAGGAAGCCCUCUUCGGGUCCAGCUCCCCUCUCAACUGGGACCGCCGCUUCUCCAUCAUCCUCGACGUCGCCCAAGCUCUCGCCUUCCUCCACCUCCAGUGCGAUCCCCCGGUCGUCCACGGUGACAUCAAGCCCAGCAAUGUGCUCCUCGGCUUCGAUUUCCAGGCCAAGAUUUCCGAUUUUGGUCUCUCCCAGAUGAAGGUCGACGCCAAUCUCGGCGCCGAUUUCUUCAGCCAAGAUCUCGGUCAGAGCCAGGAGCUGUUCAAGAGCCAGGAGGACCUCGCUCCGGAGAGCCCACAGGUAGACUUCGCCCUCGCCCUCCGUGCUUCUUCAUCGAUUCCGUGCAAGAAGCAACCGACUCCCAGGGGGAAGGAAACAGUGGCAGUCGCCUCCCCCGUCCAAGACGAGACUUUUAGCUUUGAACACAGUAAGGAAUCGAGAGCGGAUCCUCCGCUGGAUGAAGGAAGGACGGAGUCGAGCGAUCAAUUGGGGAAGCGUUGGUGGUGGAAGCAGGACGGAAGCGGAGAAUUGAGCAGCAAAGACUACGUCAGAGAGUGGAUCGGGAGCCAAAUUUGCCCCUCGAGCAACUCCGACUGGGACGACGGCCGGAGGACUCCCCCCGAGAAGUGCUUCGAUUUCAGGAACUCGAGUCGCGUGGAGCAUUCGGAUGUUGGAGAUGAAAGCCUCUUCGGCGGUUCCCACGAGAGGAAUCCGGAGAAGAAACAGGGGAGGAAGAAAGGCGUGCUCCCCUGCGACAGGAAGAUGAGGGAAUGGUGGAAGGAGGAGUACUUGGCAGAAAUGAGCAAGAAGGGACAUUGCCAGAAAGAGCGGAAGUGGCUCCGAACGAUCAGUGAUCUCGGCGAUGAUGCUAAUAAGCAUGGCCGAGACUUGACCGCGGAUGCAGGCUUCAGAAAGGGAUGGAGGAAGAAGAGGAGUCAGUCAGUGGGCAGCGACAUGUUCAGCGGUGAUCUGCUCAGUAGGGAGCUGAGCAGCACGACGAGCAUGAGAGGCACGGUGUGCUACGUCGCUCCAGAGUGCCAUGGCUGUGAUCAGCUGAUGGAGAAGGCCGAUAUAUACAGCUUCGGGGUUCUGAUCCUUGUCAUCGUCUCCGGGAGGAGGCCGCUGCACGUGCUGCCGUCGCCGGCGAAGCCAGAGAAGGCGAGCUUGGUGAGCUGGUGCAGGCGGUUGCUUCAAACCGGCAAUCUCCUGGAGCUCGUGGAUGAGAGGUUGACGGAUGCAUAUGACAAGGAACAGGCGAGCCUUUGCAUCAACCUGGCUCUCUUGUGCUUGCAGAGGAUUCCGGAGCUGCGGCCGGACGGUGGCGACGUCGUCAGAAUUCUCAAGGGGGAGAUGGAACUUCCGGCUGUGCCAUGCGAGUUUUCUCCUUCCCCUCCUGCGAAACACCAUGGCAGGUCAAGAAGAAAAGCUUCCAUGGAUGAAGAGUAGAGAGCCAUCUGCUGUUGCCUCAACAGUCGAAGAAAUGAAACAUACGACCCAUAGGCGAGUUAAAAGAUUAACCUGAGCUUCUUGCUGUUGUGUAGAUAAUGAUUUCUUUCCUUCCUUCUGAUUGAAAAGAUGUGUGAUUGAUUGCUUUCUGCCGAUUUCUCUUGCGCAUGAAUGCAUGCAUGCAAUUUUUGGUCCUCAUACCCAGAUCAAAAAGAACGUCGUGUUAGAAAACAUCUUAAUUGUAGUGUUGUUCUCAGACAUGGUUAAAGCACAUGCAACAUUGAGCUGUUGUAAUGUACCAAGAUAUAGUAUGCUUCUUUGUUCUUGAUAGAGAACGAACGAACGCUUACCAACUUUGAGUUGUUGUUGAUCAGCAACCUUCUCCGCUUGGAUAUUAUUCCAUGAAACAAUUAUGGGUAGAUAGAUGCCCUUUCUGUACAAAGCUUAUUAUGAGCUGUACAGCAGCUAACAGGCACUCGAAAACAAUUUGUUGGUAUGAAGGAAUCUAAUCGACUGGAGCUUUUUGUUCUUCCGGUUCAUCCUUGUGUAGAUUCUUGAAAUGCAUUAUAUCAAGUCUGGAAUGAUGAUUCUGUAUCUUGCGCAGUGGUGGUUCCCUGUCAUCGGAGCUUUUCUUUAGCUGGUUAGAUAUCAAUUGCCACCACAUGUGACAUGUCAGAAGAUGACAUGGAUUUCUGUCGUCAAGUGCAAGUGCUACCAUACCAACUUGUGAUCACAUGAAAUCGAGCACGCACGUUGGCAUCAACUCAAAACCUAUUAUUCUAGCCAAUGGCAGGGUGUCAUGCUACAUACCAGUGGAUCAGGCAAAUCUUUGCAUCGGAUGUCUUCUGCAGAGAACACAACAAUUAUAUUCUUCUUCUUCUUCUUCACGGAUUUGACUUUCUUGCUUUCUCUUGAAUCAUUUGAAUCGAGAAAGAAAGAUGAAACAGUGUUGGGUGCUUUUGUCUGUUUUGCCAGACUGCUUGCUGCACCUCCAUUUUCUAUUGUGUCACUGAUACCAACAAGGUGGACUGCACAUGGUUCAGAGAAGGUAUUUUGAUGAUUGCCAACACACCUGGAGGAAGAAGAGCACCUUUCGAUUAGAGAGGGUCAUGAAAUAGUGCAUCACCAUAGUCUCUUUCCCUUUGGUAGCAUAAAAAGCAAUGUUGUCAUAUGAUACUAGCAGCAUUAUUAAUGAUAGUGACAAAAGAGAAGUAGCAAGAGAAAAAGUAGCAUGCAUGCGCUUUUUAGCUUUUAUCCCACCACCAAGCAAACCUAUGUACAAAACUGAUUACUAGUCUUGGGAAGCUUGAAGUUUGUUCUUGUUUGAA